AUGUCAGAUACGAGUACCUACCUAACUAAUCGUAAUGAGCUUACAGAACCUAAUAUUUUAGUAGUGGCAAACCGACGACCGACACUAAAGCUGUUCCGAAACAUCAAUAUCCCGUUGAGUAUCAAGGGAAUAAAAGAAGUGGACAAUCAAGCAGAGAACAAAAUAGUUCAAACGGAACGCGUGAUACUAUCUCCUUUACCGUCUGAAAACAACAAGCUCCUAGAUGCAGAAGAUCCGCUAAACCAGGAAGUACAUGACUAUUGUUCAGAUGACAGCGUUAAGGACCCAAAUUACGUAAAUACUGAUGACUAUUAUUCCGAUUCUGAUCAUAGUGACUUAAAUAGUAAGAAAGAUAGAAUAAGAAACACGGAAGAGGAUGCAAAAAGAGUUGAGGAACAAGUUACAGAACCAGAUACAGAAAAAAAUACAGAAAUGGAUAGAGAACCAGAUAGAGAACAAGAUUUAGAACAAGUUACGAACAAGAAAUAG